AUGCGCCCGUGGUCCGCAUCCUUCCUUUCUCCCACCAGUCCCGGCUGCAGCCAACACGAGGGUCAGCAGCAGGCACUCCUGACCAGCACUGCUUCCACCCCGGCUCGACAUCUACCUGCCCUUGACCUUGGAACGAACGAACCGCCCGCAGUCAUGGUCGAAGCUGGGCCCUCCACGCCUCGACGUGGAACGACUUCCACCCGCUCCAGGGUGUGCAAGAAACUCGUGCUCAAGGGCCAGGCGUCCAGCAAGGGAGCCAACUAUACACUCUUCCUCAAGAUCCAUCUUGCUUCCGUCGGGGACCGGCUGGAAGAAGAGCUGUUCCUCUUCGCCGAUCCCGAUGUCGAGCUGCUCGAGGCCAUCGUCCACCGUCUCGAUGCCUCGGGAGCAGCACCCGCCCUGUCCACUUCAGCGGCCACGGCCGCCAGCAAUCUCGGCGUCCCGCUCUCCCUUCAUCACGAGAUGGACGACAGCUUCAUCCAGUACGAGUCGCCAAAGAACGCGCGCACAGGCUCGUCAGCAGUCUCCGCUGACCGUGCUGCACUACCAAAAAUCGUACGCUCCGACAAGGGCGUCGCGCUGCUGCGAUCCAAACAUGAUUCGGCCUCUUCACGGGAAGGGGGAGGCAUGUACAUGGUGACGCUGCAUCUCUUCGCAGCGCCUGUCUCUCGCCCGCCCUUGGCCCCGUUCGCAGUGCGCAUGGCAGUACCUUUCUGCUUGAACAACUACCUGCACUUCACCAUCGACGAAUCCAUCAGCCAACAACUCGGAUUGCCCGACAUCGCCGUCGAGGUCGAUCCACCCAUCCUGCCGGUCUCGGCACCGCGGCCAACCUCUCGUCGCAAUUCGUCCACCAACUCGCUGACUCGCUCGCCCGGUAGCGUUCUGCAGUUUGACGACGAGGACGACGACACGCUCACCGGCAUCGCCCCGACGGAUGACGCCGGUGCCGACAAAGACGACUCCACCAUCGCAGGCCCAUUCCAAGCUUGCGACGCGCUCGUCGUCCGAUUCGCAUCCGAGCAUGCUGGCGAUCUCGCGCUGACAGGAUCCUCGCGGGCCACCCUGCCCAACGCACUAAGGGCAAAGACAGCCAGCUCUUCGAUCACUUACCGUCCCAGACAGCCGGCAGAUGCGGACACCAACGAGACGAUGCUCGACUUUGAAGCAAACGUACAACUGGACGAGCCUUUCUUCCCUGGCUUGGAUCGCGAGGUUCAGCUGUACGUGCAACUCGAUGCUCCCGCCGCGCUACGUUCAUGGCGCGUGGAUGCAGCGGAUGCAUCGCGGGGCAUCCUGAGCUGGUCAUUCGGCGCUGUCGCAUCCUCGGCGACCUCUCCCCCUCGGCAGCCUCUCACGAAUGCACACGCCAUGCUGCGCGGCUUGUCGACGUCCGAAUUCGGCGACAUGGUCAUCCUGCCCGACACAGGCCAGCAGCCGUCCGAGGAAGAAGACCUGCUCAAGGUCGCUCCGCCCAAAGGCAUUCAUGAUGCCGAUUUCGACUAUUCGCUCGACAAUGGCCGCCCAACGAACCCCAAGCAAAGGCGAUUCUCGCUCCAGUCGUCCGCCAGCACCAAGUUCGUGCCAUCGCAGACCCCCUCGGAACCGUCCGAGCCGAGUGCUUCCUCGGACACGCUCGUCAUCAACUUGAGCUUGCUGCCUGUUCUGCAGAGCUCGGAGCCUGUGGUGAUCAGUGUGCGUGGAGCACUCGCGGUCGACUCAUCGCAUUCAGAGUUGGACCUGUCCCGACUGCCCAAAGGGCUGCUUGUGCCUUCAGCGUUGCUGCAAGAGCACGAGGAGCCGAUGUUGGUGCCGGUGGAGCCGUCACCACUGCCGAUAUCGAACAAGACGCCCUCAGGAAAGGCAAGAGACGCUCUUGACGCUUCGCUAGAGACGGUGCUACAGGAUCAUGACCCGCGGUCGGUCCUACAGGCCGGGCAAAUUAACAGCGACGAGGUCAUACAGCAGGCGCUGGCGGUGAUAGCUGCGCACAAGGAGCUUUUGACGCAGGACGCUACAGGUGCUGCGCACGCAUCGCGCGCACGCGGAGAGACGGGAAGCGGCACGGCACACGUGGCUCUGCGUGCGUCGCAUGUGCUCUGGACGCUCUUCCUCACCGCGGUGGUGGCGAUGCUGUUCAGUGCGACGCAAAGUACCAACCGCGCGCUGGUGGCACGUAUCGAUGAGUUGACGCGCAUCGUCGAGGCCUCGCGCGUUGUGGCUGCGGCCCCACAUCGGCCUGAUGCGUCGACGUAUGAGAUGGGUGUGCAAGAGUCGUGGCUCGAGAUGCCGGAGCCAGUCGCAGCCCAUUCCGCAGCCAUCGAGGUAGGACUCCCUUUCGCUGAGCACGAACUGGGCAGCAACGAGGCCGAGGACCGAGCCGAUGUGGAUGUGCCCCGUGCAGCAGCCCCGCGUCUGCACAGCAGUGCGCAGGAAGACGACGAGGUGCAGCCGGCGCCAGCUUCGGAUGUGUCGCUCAUGGCGACCGACUGGCUGCGCGUGCUGGUGCGCAUGCCGCUGCUCGUGCUCCGCCAGCUGCUCAGCCUCUUCACCCCAUAG